AUUUAAGAUCAAACUCAUACCAAAAACGUCAUGUUUAUCAUUUUUUGUUGUUGUUUUUUCCACACAGGUUUAUCAUCCUUAUCCUAUCAGCGAAUAAUAGAAGAAAAAGUACAAAUUCUCUAAUAAAGCGGUAAAAGCGUUUAAGAAGAUGAAGAAGAAAAAGGAAACGCCUCCAAAUCACCAUUAUUGUCCGAAUCUUCUUCGCGUCUCUCACCAACACCACUUCUCCUACCUUCUUCUUCACACCAAAUGAUUCUCUCGUAUAAUAUUCAUCAAACCCAGAUCAUGUUUUCAUCAUCAAUCAUCUCUUAAACUCCUCUAUAGAUCUCACCGCAUGACGUUCCGAAGUUUACUCCAGGAAAUGCGGUCUAGGCCACACCGUGUAGUUCACGCCGCCGCCUCAACCGCUAAUAGUUCAGACCCUUUCAGCUGGUCGGAGCUCCCGGAGGAGCUGCUUAGAGAAAUCCUGAUUAGGGUUGAGACUGUUGACGGCGGCGAUUGGCCGUCGCGGCGAAACGUGGUGGCUUGUGCCGGCGUUUGUCGUAGCUGGAGGAUUCUCACCAAGGAGAUUGUAGCUGUUCCUGAAUUCUCCUCUAAAUUGACUUUCCCUAUCUCCCUCAAGCAGGUUCUCUGUAAAUUUUGAUUUUUGAGUAUAAAGUGAUCGAAUUGAAACAUAAAGUUAGCUCCUUUACUUCAUCUCAUAACAUAUGACAAUUCAGUAGCGUUUGCGGUCGCGUUUUAAGUGUUCUUGUGCUCAGCUCAACAAAAGCUUUUAGUCUCUUUGAUCAUUGAUAUAUAGAUAAACAGUUUCUUGGUUUUGUAAGCUGAAGUAUUGGUACUUUUGAAUGUAUUAUAUGCAGUCUGGUCCAAGAGAUUCUCUAGUUCAAUGCUUUAUAAAACGUAAUCGAAAUACUCAAUCGUAUCAUCUCUAUCUCGGAUUAACUACCUCUUUGACGGAUAACGGGAAGUUUCUUCUUGCUGCUUCUAAGCUGAAGCGCGCAACUUGCACUGAUUACAUCAUCUCUUUGCGUUCAGACGAUAUCUCAAAGAGAAGCAACGCGUAUCUUGGGAGAAUGAGAUCGAACUUCCUUGGAACAAAAUUCACGGUCUUUGAUGGUAGUCAGACCGGAGCAGCGAAGAUGCAGAAGAGCCGCUCUUCUAAUUUCAUCAAAGUUUCACCUAGAGUUCCUCAGGGAAGUUACCCCAUCGCUCACAUUUCAUACGAGUUAAACGUCUUAGGCUCUCGGGGACCGAGAAGAAUGCGUUGCAUCAUGGAUACAAUACCUAUGAGCAUCGUGGAGUCGCGAGGAGUAGUAGCUUCAACAUCCAUAAGCUCUUUUUCCAGUCGGUCAUCACCAGUCUUUAGGUCUCACUCAAAACCAUUGCGCAGUAAUAGUGCAUCAUGUAGCGACUCAGGCAACAACCUGGGAGAUCCACCAUUGGUGCUGAGCAACAAAGCUCCACGGUGGCAUGAGCAGUUACGUUGCUGGUGCUUAAAUUUCCAUGGUCGAGUCACAGUGGCUUCGGUUAAGAACUUUCAGCUUGUGGCAGUUAGUGACUGUGAAGCAGGGCAGACAUCUGAGAGGAUCAUACUCCAGUUUGGGAAAGUUGGGAAGGACAUGUUUACCAUGGAUUAUGGAUAUCCGAUUUCUGCGUUUCAAGCGUUUGCUAUCUGCCUGAGCAGUUUUGAAACCAGAAUUGCCUGUGAAUAAUGAAGAGACUAACCUUAAAUCACCUCCGUGUGCUCGUUGUUGUGGUCUGUAGAUGGUGUAGUACUUGUCCAAAAUCUCAGGAACGUUAAUAGCUUUCUCUGGAUUCUUUCUGACAAUUCAAAUCUAUCUGUUGUAUUUAUUUGUCUUUCAUGCAAAGAAGCGUACCAGAAAUAGGCUACGAUUACGUUUUUUUCUGAAAUUUACAAACAAAAUUAAUUUACUUUGCUAC